UGUAAUCAAUCAAUAGAAUUUUGUUUCACUCACAAAACCAAAAGCCUCAGAUUGAACCAUGCUCCUAUACAUAUUGUAACUGAACCAGAGGGUCAGCUGUUUCCAGUGUAUUCAAGAAAGGACUUGUACAGACAUCAUGGAGCUCAGGUUGUCUGUGCUGCUCUCUGCGAGUCUGCUGCUGGGUCUCGUCGUCGGCCCCACCGGGGCCCGCAAGGGGAGGUGCCCUCGCAAACAGAGCUGUGACCAGUGCAUCCGGGCGGGGCCGGAGUGCGCGUGGUGCAACCACCCGGACAUCACGGGUCCCCGCUGCAACACCGAGGAGAGGCUGGUGCAGGCGGGCUGCGUCAGGGACCUCUACAACCCCAGAGGAGGCCUGCUGUCCGUCACUAACGAGAGCAGAACGCGGGCGGACCAGGCGGUCCAGGCCACGGUAGUGCGUCUGACCCUGAGGCCGGGCGUGGUCCAGUCCGCCCUCCUGACCCUGCCCAGAGACCCGCAGACGACCAGAGAGGUGACCCUGGAGAGCAGUCCCACACCGCAACACCUCAACAUCACCUUCAACCACACGGGGAACCCCUGGGUCAUACAGGUGAACGUUGAGGCCACACACUGUCCCCCGGAGAACGGAUCCUGGACCGUCACCAUCACACCCAAAGGCUUUGCACAGCUACUGGAGCUUCAGAUAACACCCGAGUGUGCGUGCCAGUGCACUCAGCGCCCCCCGGCCCCCAGCCCGUCGUGCGGGGGCCGGGGGGCCCUGGAGUGCGGGCGCUGCGCGUGCGACGCUCCGUACACCGGGGCCCGCUGCCAGAGGCGGCGCUGGGCCCCGGGGGGGCCGGCCCGGGGGGACGGGCGGUGCCGGCAGCGCCCCGACGUCCUGGAGGAGUGCUCGGGCCGGGGGACGUGCGAGGAGGGGUUCUGUAUCUGCCAGGAGCGGACGGACCCCUCCCAGAGGUACACGGGGCACUACUGCGAGUGCAGCAACUUCAACUGUCCGCACGCCGACGGCAGGAUGUGCGGAGGCCAGGGUCGCUGCGCCUGUGGCCGCUGUGUGUGUGACAAGGGCUGGACCCACGAGGCCUGCGACUGCUCCGAGGACGCCGGGCCGUGCACGGGCCCCGACGGCCACAUCUGUAGCAACCGAGGCACCUGCCGGUGUGGCAGGUGUGUCUGCGAGGAGCCCUUCCAAGGGGUCCGGUGUGAGGCUAGCCCCUUCACCGGCUAACCCUUGGCCACCAGGCAAAACAUGUCCUAGUGGCCGACUCUGGAACUGACGUUCGGAGUCGCGAUGUAGACCAAGGGCACCGUUGGCAUCAGGAGGGGGAAGGGGUAAGGGGUAGGAAUGGGAUUGGGCCUAAGGCCCAAUCCCAUUUCUACCCCUUACCCCUUCCCCCUUCCCCUUCCCCUUUCUCCUUCCCCCUUCAAAACAAGGGGGAGGGGUAAGGGUUAGAAAUGGGAUUGGGCCUUAGUCCUUACCCCUUCCCCUCACCCCUCCCUCCCUCCUUGUUUUGAAGGGGUAAGGGGUAGGGGUAAGGGGUAGAGGUAGAAAUGUGAUUGGGCCUUAAUAAAGAUCGCAACUGUAGCCUAUAUAUGUUGUUCAAAACACUAAGUUUUAGCCAUGCGUGUAUUAGUUGUGUGGUAAAUGCAUGCAGGCAAGGAAACAACCUCUGAUAAACCUU